AUGCGAUACGUCCGCUUCCUCAAAAGUCCCCGCGUAGUCGCUGAAAAGGGCACGUCGAGAAAGCAAGUCCACUGUCUGAUUACCAUUACUUCAGACCUUGGAGAUUCUUUUCUCCCUUACGACAUCCAGCUAGCAGCAGAGUUGUCAGCAACUGCAGAUGGGUCAGAAGAAAGCGUGAUAGUAUGGUCGAACGUGCAAUGGACAGCCGGCAUGCGCAGUUUGCCCAUCACUUUCCCGCUCCCUAAAUCUCAGUCUUCCCAGUCCAGUUUGCGAGUAAGAGUGGGUGGGGAGCCGAAACGAACACACGAUGACUUCGCUGCGAUAGCAGAAAAAGGUGCUCGAGGUGUUGUAUCUGCCUGGAGCCCGCCUUUCGCGUCAGACCAAGAUGCUCUGAAAUUAGUCGAAAGACGGUUCAAGCUGCCAGAUGGACCCAUCACUACUAUCUGGGAGGAGACGGGAGAAAGCAUAGCGAGGCAUCUAUGGGACGCUGGUAUCACACUCUCAUGCCAAAUGACAGCUCUGGAUAAUCCAAAAUCCAGCCUAGCAGAAGCUUUACUACCAUAUGGUAUUGCAUCCGAACCUCAUCUGAAUGUCCUCGAACUUGGCACAGGCUGCGGAAUGGUCGGCAUUGCAAUCGCUCAAACUGUCUCCAACUCCAAAGUUCUCUUGACCGACCUUCCAGAGGCUAGAGAGAUCGUUGAGCGAAACAUCGACUCGGCGGUCAAAGCACCAGGUGCAUCACUCGCGUUCAUGGAACUGGACUGGGAUGCAGAGUUACCUGGUGAAGUACAGUAUAGCUCAGAGCCUCUCGAUCUUAUUCUCGCUGCUGAUUGCACGUACAACCCAGACAGCAGCCCCGCACUAGUCAAAACGCUUGCUCGACUCUCCAGAGCAAACCCUAAAGUCAGGAUUGCCAUCGCAAUGAAAAUGCGCCACUCAAGCGAGGAAGUAUUCUUCAAACUAAUGUCCGAUGCAGGAUUCCUAGAGACAGACAAGAUGGAGUUUCCAUUGCCAGGAGAUGUCAAAGUUGGCGAGGAGACUGUGUACUUGCACGUCUACUAUAGGAUGCUCUUUGGAUAA